GUUCAACCCUCAGCUAUGCCAUCACUCAAUCCUCCCGGGAAGGUUCUCGUCUCCGGUGCAAGUGGCUACAUUGCAGCAUGGAUCGUCCGUACCCUUUUGGAGAGAGGCUAUACAGUGCGAGGGACAGUGCGCAGUCUAGCGAAGGGAGAACAUUUGAAGGAGACUUUCAAGUCGUAUGGAAAUAAGCUGGAAAUUGUCAUAGUCGACGAUAUGUCCAAGGACGGCGCUUUCGAUGAAGCAGUUAAGGGUGUGGAUGCAAUACUCCAUACAGCAUCGCCUGUCCAAUUGAACGCAGAUGACCCCCAAGAGCUGAUCAUACCCGCUGUGAAGGGCACAGUUGGCAUGCUGAUCAGUGCAGCCAAGUAUGGAUCAUCCAUACAGUGCAUCGUCGUCACUUCUUCGUGUGCUGCAAUUCUGCGGUCAGAGCCAGGCACCAUUACCUUAUCAGAAGCCGACUGGAACGAGCAAUCACCAAAGGAAGUAGAGGAGAAGGGCCGGGAUGCCCUGCCUAAUAUAAAAUAUCGUGUGUCCAAGGCGCUGGCUGAGAAAGCUGCUUGGAGUUUCUAUGAGGGACACAAGUCUGAGUUUUCGUGGGACUUGACCGUGAUUCACCCACCAGGGGUAUUUGGGCCCUUCAUCCAUGACGUACCCACCCUUAAUGCCCUCAACGCCUCCAUAAAAUUAUGGUACGACAACGUAGUCCAGGAGAAUAUGGGUGGAUUGUCCCCCGACACAAUCCUUACAAAGCCAGGAAACAGUUGGGUGGACGUUCCAUUGGAGGUUGAAGCAGCUGGUGGUGAAAGGAUCAUCGUCUCAGCUGGCUCAUGCGUGUGGCAGGACUGCAUUAUUGCGGCGCAAUCUUCCUCAACGUCUCGCACUCUCCCUAAGCCAGUCCCUGGUGAACCAAAGUAUGCAGUUAUCUUUGACAUGAGCAAAGAGAAGAAAUUACUUGGGUUGAAGUUCAGGACCAUGGAGGAAACAGCGAGAGAUGUCUUGGCCGAUUUUGACAGACUCGGGUGGUGAUUGAGAGGUAUAUGUUCAGUCUAUUUGUAUG